CUUAAACCAAUAAACAAUUACAACGCGUACGUGUUCUCGCGAGGUUUAGGUUUUCAUGGGUGUGCAGGAAGUUUGAUGUGGCAACCAUAGAGCUAUCAGUAUGUCUGCCAUUUUCAAUUUUCAAAGUCUACUGACAGUCAUUCUGCUGCUGAUAUGCACCUGUGCUUAUAUUCGCGCCCUGGCUCCAAGCAUUAUUGACAAAAACAAAACUGGGCUUUUGGGCAUUUUUUGGAAAUGUGCAAGGAUAGGAGAACGAAAAAGCCCCUAUGUUGCAGCAUGUUGUGUGAUUAUGGCCUUCAGUAUUUUGUUUGCACAGUAGCCUGUUGUCCACAUUUUAUGAAGAACAGAAACAAAUGAGAUGCAAUAUGCAAUAUUCUCAAUUGGUGCAUUUUUAUAAAUUAUUGGAAGCUGUUUGCUAGCCUUAAAAAUGUUUCACAUAAUAAAUAUGCCACAUUUCUAAAGUGGACCAGUGAACUUUCCAUGAUGAUAUGUAAUCUUUGGUUCUGACUUAACAUUCACUUGUAAAUAAUCUAUGUAUUUGGCUUCAUUGCUUUACUUUUAUUACUGGCAUAUUCAUUAAAUUUCUGUGGGGACACAAUUAUAAUAAAUAUUUAUGCAUUUUCAA